UACAAAGAAUCAACCCAAGAAACCAGCACAAAAAAAAAUCUCCAAAAAUACAAUAGCAAUUAUGUGUCCUUUUGUACCCACUUUAGCAUUCGAUUACCCUAUAGAAUUAGGGAUAGAUAAUGAAGCCAUUGAUAACUAUCUAAACUUAGACGCCAUUUUUCUACACAAUUAUUUGUUGUCUCAAGCUGAAGAUGACAAUAACGAUCAUGUUAACCUUAAGCUCAAGCAAAGCAAGUCGCCGCAAAGUACAAGUUCGGCAGAUCAAUUUGGUGCCGCCAUAACGACAAUCACGGCGGCGAGAAAAACUAAUCAUAACGCUAGUGAAAGGGAUCGGAGGAAGAAAAUCAAUGUCUUGUAUUCCUCUCUACGUGAUUUGCUUCCUGCUACUGAUCAAAUGAGAAGGUUAAGCAUUCCUGCGACGGUGGCACGGGUGCUGAAGUAUAUACCAGAGCUAGAACAAGAAGUGAAGGAUCUAACUCAUAUGAAAGAAAAGCUCUUAUCAGAAAUGACGGUGUUACAAGGAAAUGCAGGGGAAAUUAUCCAAGAGGAAAAGCCGAAAAUAGACACAACGAAGGAGAACUUAUCAACGUUUUCGAUUUCUGUAAAUAAAUUGAGUGACAAGGAUAUGGUAAUUCAAAUAUCAACCUUUGAAAGAAUAUCAAUUUGUGAGGUGCUUUUACUACUUGAGGAGGAUGGUUAUCUUCUUGUUGAUGUUACUUCUUUCCAAUCCUUUGGAGGAUGGACUUUCUAUAACAUACAUUUAUCGAUGGAAGGAAUGAAUGUUAUAAACUACGAAAAGUUGAAUGAGGAGUUGUUAUCGUUGAUUCAGAAGCCGAAGCUGAAGCUGAAGCAGAAGCAGCAGUUGUACAUCUUAUAGUUGAAGGUUAUAACUAACCUACAAACAAACAUAUGUAAAUUUUAGUUAGGAUUUUUUUGAUAAAAAGGACCUUUUAUAAACGAUAUUUUUUUUCGCCUCAAAUCGAUUUUUUUUUUGCCCCAAAUCGAUAUUUUUUGCCCUAAUUUUGCGAAAAACCCUAAUUUUUUCGAUGCAAAAUUAGAACAAUUGAGGAGGAAUUUGAGGGGAAAAAAUAGCAAAUCUGAUUCGUGUGGGUAUGAAUAACAAUUCGUGGCAGGCUAUUACAGUGACGAACUUUAAGGCAGUUGGGAUUUUGGAGGGAAAAUUGGGGCAAAAAAAAAAAAUCGAUUCGGGGAAAGAAAAAAAAUCGAUUUGGGGCAAAAAAGAAAUUCGAUUUGGGGCAAAAAAAAAAUUCGACUUGGGGCCAAAAAUAAAAAAAAUCGAUUUGGGGCGGAAAAAAAUUUCCAUUUGGGACGAAAAAAAAUAUCGAUUUUGGGCAAAAAAAAAAAAAUUAUUUUUGGGGGAAAAAAAAUUGUUUUGGGGCAAAUUUUUAAUUUUUAUCAUUAAAUGGACACGUGGCCUUCUCCGGUUGCUACGUGUCAAAGUCGUUGCCGGAAUCUUGGGUCAACUCCAAGAAACCGGCAAAAGGUCCCAGUCAACAAGAUUUUUUAUGUUUUAGGUCCCAUUUCACCACUUUCGUCAUAAAAGGUCAUUUCUCACAAAAAAACGUUUAUAAAAGGUCCUUUUUGACAAAAAAUCUUUUUAGUUAUUGAUAUUAAUUUUAGGUCGUCACAUAUUUAAAUUGAAUCCUUUUCUCCUAUUUGUAAUUUAUAAUGCCUCCUACAACUCAUUUGCACCAAAAAUUUGAUAAAAGUUACACUAUUAAUGUGAUUAUUUCAUAAAAUUUGUUUUAAUUAA